UCAUGAAAGACGUGUGCUUGAAGCUAUGCGCGACGCUUUUGCAAAGAUGUUGUUGGAAAUGAGUUCAAAAAGCAUAUCGCUUAAAAAAGCUUUAGAAGAUUUUAAAGCACAAUCAGAUGAGCCAAUUUAUGAUAAACAAUUUGAAAGUAUUCUCCGAACUCUAGAACAUGAUGGAAUCAUUAAAGUUACUGGAUCUAGUCGAAGUGACCGUAUGAUAACAGUUAUCUGA